GGUUUUUUUUUAAUAUUUCAGGAUUGGGGAAACGUGUUAGCCCCGCGGAUCUCGGCCUCCAGCUGGGUUUGUUUACAUGCCAGAAGACGCCAUCGCAGAGUAGGCACUACUACAUUUGAAGACACACAAAAAUAUUCCUAAAGAAAACGAAACUAAUAGGAAUAAUAUAAAGAAAAGAAAGACGAAAGAAAAUAGAUCCAAGGGAUAUAAACUAGACAAUAGUCUAAAAUCCUAUAAAAGAAGAAAGACUCCGUCUCAGGGCUUUUAGAAAAUCAGUGACCUAAAGGAAAUAAGGCAAUUUGUGUAGAAAAAAAGAAAUUUAAUGUGAAAUAAGAUACUAUCAGUAGAACUUUUAUUAUCAAGUGUGAGGAAUACUAUCUAAGAAAAUCUCUACACAUUAUACUUUGUCCUAUUAGAGCUGUAGCCGUCACCUUCACACAGCUUCCCGAAUUCAGUGCAAUGGGAAUGUUUGACAGGCUAGCAUUUUUCCUCGGCCUUAAGAAACGUGAAGCCAGUGUAUUGGUCAUUGGCCUGGAUAACUCAGGCAAAUCAACCAUGCUGAACCAUUUCAAAACAGAAGACCAGAAGACAACAGAUAUCGUCCCUACGGUGGGGUUCAAUGUGGAAAAGUUCAAGACAAAAAAUGUGGGUUUCACAGCAUUUGAUAUGUCAGGUCAAGGACGCUACAGGAGUCUGUGGGAACAUUACUACCAUGACUGUCAAGGUGUCAUAUUUGUGGUGGAUUCCAGUGACAAGCUGCGGCUAGUUGUUGCCAAGGAUGAGCUCGACAUGUUGCUUCAGCAUGCAGAGAUCCGUCACCGUAGGAUACCAAUACUCUUCUUUGCCAACAAGAUGGACAUGCGAGAUGCUGUGAGUAGUGUGAAAGUCUCAGCAGCCUUGGGUCUAGAGCGCAUCUCUGACAAGCCCUGGCACAUUACUGCUUCAAAUGCCAUUACUGGAGAAGGCCUUCAUGAGGGUGUGGAAUGGUUGACAAAUCAAAUUAAGGAGAACUUUGGAAAUAAUAUGAACCGUUAGGCAAAGCAUGAGUUUUAUCUCUCUCUUUUUUUCUUUUGUGGAAAUUUAUCAAUUGCAAAAGGUUGAAGUUCUUUUGUAAUCUUUAUUUUGUUGUUUGCUGAGACUUCUUUGGUUGGUACACUAAAGUGAAGUAUCUCUUUGGUUUUGCUGGAUGAAAUGUUUGAGGAAAAGGCAUAACAUAAGGGAAAAUUUGCAGCCAGUAACUGUCCGUGAAAGGAAAGAGAUGAAAAGAAAGACGUAUAUUUUUAAAAACAAGUACAUACAUGCACUGGCAAUUAUUUCUUUCCCAAGUUGCCAAAAUGCAGAAUAAAUUAAUGAAUUAGUUUUUAAAAAAUCCAAAAUUCAGGUGUAUCACAUAUUAGGAUGGUCAUAUCAUUGUUUUCUUUGUACCUGUAAUCUUGUUAAUUGGUAUUUGAACUAUUUAAACUGAUUGCUUCAUUCCCAGGUAACUGUAGUGGCAUUUUGUACCAUUCAUUUAAAACAGAAUUGCCCUGUUGAGUGAAUAUAUUUCGGUUACAAUUUACAAAAUAAUUUAAGCCAUUCAUUUCAGGAUAACAUGUACAUAUAUGCCAUGACCACUGUGAUUUUAGUGUAUUCAUUUUGUUUACAUAUGAAUGGUUCCACAAAAGCUUAGUUACCAAGUAGUCAAGUACCGGUCCUACCUGUGAUUUACAGAAAAGCUGUUUUUAUGUUUUAUUUAUGAUACAUAUUUAAAUAACAUUAUGAUAAUCAUAA